UGCAGGGAAAUGACCUGACAGCCGUAUAUUACUCUGACCUGGCCGGCCUGUCUCAGCUCCGAAUCCUGCAGCUUCACGACAACAAGAUCCACACCAUUGAACGAGGCGCCUUCCAAGACCUGCGGCAGCUGGAGCGUCUGCGCCUCGACAGCAACCGCCUCCAACACCUCCCGGACAACCUCUUCACCAACUGCCCCGGCCUCUACAAGCUGGAGCUGAAUCGUAACCAACUGAAAAUUAUCGCCAAGAAAAUGUUGAAGGGCCUCUCCCAACUGAGAUAUUUGCAGUUGGACGAGAACCAGAUCACCUGUAUCGACGAACAAGCCUUCAGAGGUCUUGCCCUCCUCGAGAUACUUACUCUCACCAACAACAACAUCACGACUCUAUGGCGGGGAACCUUCGAGCCAACACCACGACUUCGCGCCCUACGAGUCUCAGGCAACAAACUCAUCUGCGACUGUCACCUCUCGUGGCUGGGGCGCAUGUUGGCCGCUGCCCCCCACCUGGCGCCCUACGUCCGCUGCUCCUCCCCCUACAGGCUCAAGGACAGGCUCGUCACUGAGGUUCUCGACCAAGAGUUCAAGUGUACAGGUCUGGUGGACAGUGUGGACCGCGGGUGUUCGCUGGCACCCGUGUGUCCCCGCGCCUGUCGGUGUGGUGCUGGCAUAGUCGACUGUCGGGAUACUGGCCAAACCGACGUCCCGACUCACAUCCCCGACGACACCAUCGAACUGCGACUGGAACACAACGAAAUCACACACGUCCCCUCCAAGAUCUUCACGCCCUACCGCCUGCUGAAGCGCAUCGACCUGAGCAACAACGAGAUCAAGGAGGUAGCGGAGGACGCCUUCCACGGCCUGGACAGUCUCAACUCUCUUGUGCUAUACGGCAACAAGAUCACCAGCAUCUCCUCCAGGCUUUUAAGGGGGCUAGCCAACCUGCAGCUGCUGUUGUUCAACGCCAACCAGAUCGAGUGUGUCCACUCCGAGGCCUUCAAGGACCUCCGCAAGCUGAGUCUACUAUCUCUGUAUGACAACCAGAUUAUGACCCUCAACAACGGCACCUUCAGCCCACUCAUAAAUAUCCAGACCAUGCACUUGGGAGCCAACCCGUUCGUGUGUGACUGUAAUUUAGCAUGGCUGGGAGCUUAUCUGGCUGAAAAUCCCAUAGAGACAUCAGGGGCACGCUGCCAAGAGCCCAACAAGCUAUCCAGAAAGCCCUUUGGCAGACUUAGGCCAGAGAGCUUUAGAUGUACUAGUGAAUUGAGGGCCAAAUAUAGUGGUCGGUGUGAUGAGGUUGACCUGUGCCCCGCUCAGUGUCGCUGUGAAGGCACCAGGGUGGAUUGUUCAGGACGUGACCUGACUUCGGUACCAAAUGACUUGCCUGCUGUCACGACUACUCUAGAUCUCAGCUACAACCAGCUGUUUUCUCUGGAUGGGUCCUCAAGCUUCCAGCGGCUAAAGGACCUGCAUCGUUUGGAUCUGUCACAUAACCGUCUCACUAGCUUAAGUCCUGAGUUCUUCAGGGGUACAAGGGCAUUAACCCACCUCAAUGUGUCCUACAACAAACUGGUACAGAUGCCUGAGAGCGUAGUGCGAAGGCUCAGGGCCCUGACCCAGCUUGACCUAUCCGGAAACCACAUAUCUUGCCUCUCCAGGAAGAUCAUAGAACACCUACCCACACUUACAAAUCUGGAUAUGUCAUCCAACCCAUUAAACUGUGAUUGUCGAGCCUCUUGGUUAGUUGACUGGUCACUACAGAGAGAGGAAUCAAACCCUCCAACAUGCCACCUUCCAGCGACACUCAGAGAUACUCCAGUUACAAAGGUUUUGUCACAGCUUCUCACUUGCCAUGGUGAAGGUAAUGAAGAAGACUGCAAUGGAUCUGUAUACUGCCCACCAGAGUGUCAGUGUCGAGGCACAAUUGUCCGAUGUUCAAGGGCUCGCCUCUCACAGAUACCCAGAGGCAUCCCACCUGAUACUACAGAGCUAUACCUGGAUGUGAAUGAAAUAAAAAUGAUUGAUCCAGAGCGUUUGAAGCAUCUUAAGGCUCUCAAAAGACUUGAUCUCAGCAACAAUCAGAUUACAAUUCUCUCCAAUAAGACAUUCUCAGAACUCACCCAGUUAUCUAGUUUAAUUGUGUCUUACAACAAACUUGGCUGUAUGGAGAGGGACUCUCUUCUAGGCCUCAGGGCACUCAGGAUCCUCUCUCUGCAUGGCAACGAUGUCUCCUUUAUCCCAGAGGGAACAUUCAGAGAUCUUGACACCAUAACUCACAUAGCUCUUGGAGCCAACCCAUUAUACUGUGACUGCUCACUAGCUUGGCUGGCCAAGUGGGUGAAAGGGGAUUUUGUUGAGCCAGGGAUUGCCCGUUGUGCUGACCCAAGACCUAUGAGGGACAAACUUGUACUUACAACACCACCUGAGAUGUUCACCUGCACAGCAGAAAGAGUCCCUGAUGAGGUGUUAGCCAAGUGUGACUUGUGUUACACCCGACCCUGCCAAAAUGGAGGCAUCUGCAGAUCAAGCCCUGGCCAGGAGUAUGAGUGUCGUUGUACUGCAGGUUUCCAUGGUCCUGAGUGUCAGUAUAGAAUUGAUGCUUGUUAUGGAAAUCCCUGCAAUAAUGGAGGCACCUGUAAGGUGUUUGAGACUGGAAGAUAUGCGUGCCAUUGUCCCACUGGGUUUGAAGGUGGACGUUGUGAAGUAAACAUCGAUGAUUGUGUUGACAAUAAGUGUGUUAAUGGUGCUACAUGCUUAGAUGGCAUAAAUUCUUACUCCUGCACUUGUCCAGCUGGUUAUACUGGUGAAUAUUGUGAAAGGAAGAUAGCAUUCUGUUCGAAAGAAUUCAAUCCUUGUAAAAAUGGUGCCAGUUGCAUUGAUCAUGGGACAGGAUAUGAGUGCCAGUGUAGCCUUGGCUGGUCUGGUAACAACUGCACCGAAAACUUGGAUGACUGUGUUAAUCACAUGUGUCAGAAUGGUGGACAGUGUGUCGAUGGUGUGGGCGAUUACGAGUGCAAGUGUUCAGGUGACUGGAGUGGUCGAUAUUGUGAGUUGGGCCCCUCUGUACUUCUCCAGACAGAGCCUUGUCUCCAACAUGACUGUCGCCAUGGAGUGUGCAUUGUGCCACAAGGAGAAUUGGAAUAUGUCUGUAAAUGUUCUCCAGGUUACUCAGGUAAAUACUGCCAGCAUAUGACAGCUCUGAACUUCAUUGACUCAAGCAGCUUUGUGCAGCUGACGACCCCCCCAGUCAAGCCAUCAAUCAACGUCACCAUAAGCUUCACCACUCGCAUAGCUAAUGGAGUUCUUGUUUACCACGGCAAAGAUAGACAACACUUAGCUGUAGAAGUCUUUAAAGGCCGUCUUCGAAUCAGCUAUGAUGUAGGCAAUCAUCCAGCUUCAACCAUGUUUAGCUACGAACUUGUGAGUGAUGAAUCAGAACACACAGUUGAGUUACUUUCUGCUCAACAAAACUUCACCUUAAGGGUUGACGGUGGCAUUGCACGUUCCAUGGUCAAUGCUGGAGACCAAGAGUAUCUGGAAGCAGACACCCCAAUCUUCUUAGGUGGUGUUCCUCCCGAUGUGGCCAGACAUGCUCGUGCUCACUGGCACCUCAGAAACUCUACAAGCUUUAGAGGCUGUAUGAGUCGAGUGGAGAUUAAUGGGAGGAUACAGGAUCUGGCUGAGAGUGAAAAGCAAAACAAAGUAGUGCCAGGGUGUGGAGAUGCAGAACAGAGAGACCAAGGUGCCAUCAGACCCAGUGGACCCAGGGAUCACACUACACCAGCACCCAGGGUGGCCAGACCAAAGAAGACAAGAGGAGAAAAUGAUGCUUGUGCUGAUCAUCAGUGUGAAAAUGGUCAUUGUCGUGCUCGUCAACGUAAUGGUGGUUAUCGUUGUAGGUGCAAGAAGGGAUGGAGUGGCAAGUUCUGUAACCAAGAUAGUAAUGCUUGUGCAGCCAACCAGUGUGAGAAUGGGAGAUGUCGGCCACGCCGCCGCGCUAGUGGUUAUCGAUGCCGGUGUAAGAGAGGGUGGAGUGGAAAAUACUGCAAUCAACCUCCAUCAUGCCGCAGGGAAAGAGAAAAGGCUUUUGUUUAUGACUAUGGAUGCCGUUCACGCCGCCCCAUUAAACAGUAUACCUGUAAUGGAAAUUGUGGGAAGGACUGUUGUCAAGCAAAGCGAUAUCACAAAAAACGGGUAGCAAUGAUUUGCAAUGAUGGAACCAAAUACAUAAAGGAUGUUGAUAUUGUACGCAAGUGCAGAUGCUCACGAGAUUGUGAUGGCAUGUAAUACAGUAUAGAGAAAGACUGAUGACAAUGUUUAGAUUGACCAGUUUCAAGGAAUUGUUUUGUAAAAGUGUGAAUCAACAUAUACAACAGAAAUCUGCUAAACACAGUAUAUACACAGUACUUACAGUGCGGGUAAAUUAUUCGACCAUAAAACAUGAAUUAUUUGUUAGGUACAGAUUGUGUGAAGUUAGAAUGGAGUUACAUGCUUAUAUUAUAGCAUUUAUUACAUACUCAACCAGAAGCUUUACGUGCAGUGAACAUGUUUGUGUACAUAGUCAUACUAACAAUUAAAUGUUCAGCAGUGUCUGAAUUAUGAUAAGCUUUAUAUAUAUAUUCUAAAAAUAGAUUUUAUCCUGACACUUCCUGGGUUCUGUGACUGGAAAAUUUAAUAAUUUUUUGAUAAAGCGAUGUGGCACAGUUUCUUGACAAAUAAAACUAUUGUGACAUGUUGAUAUCAUGAUUACAUGUGAAAAGAACACAUGAUAAAUCAAUAAGUGAUAUACUGAAGCUAUCUUAUUUACUAUGAAUCAAAUAUAAGGAGAAGCUGAUACCAUAUGCUGUUAACCCAAGAAAAUAUACUAGUGAGUGAUGAUCAUGAACAUUAUGUGAAGUGCAAAUCUAGCUGUGGCAACAUCAGCUGGCUUUAUUAAAAUGCCCACAAUUAUGUGAUGGACACCACAAUAAUGCAUAAAUGAUAUGGCACUGGAUCCAUAUUAUGAAAGGGUUACAUCUGUAUUGGUGACCAUUAUGCCCUUAAAUACUGCAAAUCAACAAAUCUUCAACAAUUAUUAAGGGCAAUAAAGAAGCUUUACAGAUCUCAAGAAGUGGCAACCUUAUAAAAUACUGUGGAAGGGUGUUUUAGUUAGUGUCCUUAUGAUAAUAAAUCUUAUGUACUGUACUGUGACGAGAGUAGUUUAGGUCUCAAAUAUUGAAUACAGCUUAGCUAUCAAAAUCAAAUCACCUCUACCAUAGUCUUGGGAGUGCUUCAUUCAUGCCUCUAUUGAUCUUCCUGAAGAAGGCAAAGUAGUGGAUACUAUAAGGUAGAUAUGGACAUUGUGAUUUAUUGUAUAAACAUCACUGCCACCACCAAGGACAUCACCCAAGUCCAGAAUACAAAGCAGGUGGUGUAUUCACUGUUGUCAGCAGCUUCAUCUGCAUCUAUAAGUGUGGAAGGAGGCCUAGCAUGUCUCCCACCCAGCCAGUGCUUCCUGGCUCAGCUAACAUUCUGUCUGCCGGUACAUGAUCAAUGCCCUGUAUUCAUCUUCGUCCAGUAUUGGUGUCACAAGUUUGGUGUUGUCGUCUCCCAAUUGUGUUGUAGAAAGCAUCUUCAGUGAGGACAACAUUAUUACUUCCCUCCACAAUGCCUAAAAUUACUUUCUUUAAUAAGUAAUUAAGAUAUGUAGCUUGUCAAAAUCUAGUUGAAUUUUUUUUUCAAUAUCUAUGUAUUUGAAGUGUAAAUCAGAUGACCAUCUUCAGAAAAUAUAGGAAUAGACUGUUUCAAAUGCUUCAUAUGGCUUCAUUUAUGAAAUAAUUAUAAUACUCAUCAAAGUAACAGAUCACAAGGCAUCCAACAUUUUCAUGGUUUAUAAUUGAAAAUCUUGAUUUCUCUGUAAUUGUGAUAUGAGUACAUGUUAUGUUACCUUUUAAUUUACAUUUUGUAGAAACAGAAAGUUAGUGAUUGACCUCACUUUUAUUUCAUAUUAGGACCCUUCUUCAUACAAGAUACAAUACCUGUAUUACAGUACUGUACAGUACUAUACCGUAGUCUUAUUUUUUGUCACACAAACUAGCUAUAGAAUUUGACUUUUUCAUACAUUAUGCUGUGGUCAUAGUAAAAAAAAAUUUGUAGCAUGCUUGAUGAUAUGAUUUAGGCUGAUAACAUGAAUUUUGCAUGUCUUCAGUAAUACUGAAGAUAGAUUCUAAAAAUACUACAAUAAUGAAGAUGGGUUUAAUCAAUUAACUAAGUGCUGCAUAGUAUUUUAAUAAUGAAUACAUAAAUAGCUAAAUUUGAGGUACUGUAUACAUGCACUAUUUAAGCUAUUACCUUCAGAUUCCAAGAAGAGGGGUCAUUAUGAAGAGCAUCUUUCUGUCCUCUUUCAUUAUUAAUUCAUAGAUAAAGGAUUAUGUAGAAAUGUAUUAACCAGGCCAAGAAUGAGAAAAUGCUCUAACUGAGCCAGAAGAGACAACAUAGUAACAGUAUAUAUGCUACUACAGUAACAUAUAAGUACAGCAAAGCCUAGCACAGAGGUGUUUUUUUUUCCCUACAUGAAAUGCUUACACUUCAAGACACACUGACAUGGUCUACACUUGUAACUUCCCUAUUUCUAUAAUGUUGCUCUUCAGGCUAUAGUACUUUCCUCUGUCUUUUAUGUACUGUAUUUUGUUUACAUUUAACUUACAUUUUUCAAAACCCUGAUUUUUUUUACAUCUAGCAUUCUGUUUUAUUUACACUGCAAGAAGCAUUUGGAAAUUAGGUUGUUCAUCCCAUCAUACAGAAUCCUCCAUCACUGUACUGAACAUUGGUGUUGAGCAAAUGAUACCUGAGUUUGUGGAGGUGGUCAGCUAUUAUGAUGUUUGGAACAUGCUUAGCACUUGUACCCCAUCAGUAGUGUUGAGAAUAACGAAAGCAAUUAAGAUCAAAAUUGACCCACUUCAUUUUCUGGAUUAUAGGCUUAACCACUUAUUCCCUUAAUUUAAGUAUACAGACUAUAUACAGUCAACCAAAGAUGCACUGACCCUACCCUGGGUCUCAUGCUU